AUGUACGAGGACAGGGAAACGGAGAGCAUAUGGGUCACCACACCGGAAGACCUCCCAACGUCGACGAAUACGAGAGGCGAAGCCCUCGCUGCCCUGAAGGUGGUCCAAGAUGCUCCCAAAGACGCACCCCUCAGGAUCAUCUGCAGCUCCAGACGCCUCAUCACCGACCUGACAGUGCGACUCUCGCGCUGGGAGGAUAAGGGGUGGAUAGGAAUUGCAGACGCACAGCUCCUACGAACCCUAGUAAACCACCUACGACAGCGCUGUGCACCAACCAUACUGAGCACGCCCGAAAGCCCACAGGAACAACAGAGGGCACAGCGCGCAACCGACCUCGCAGCAGAACAACUCCGAACCGGACACCCCAAUCAAGUGCCAAUGGCGACGAACCCGUCCUUCAACCUAUCUGGGGCCAAGAUGUCCUCCUUAACCCAAUCUACGGCCUACAGAGGCAUACGCCUGGCAAAGAGACCCCAAAAUAGACGAGGAACCGAGAGACGAAUCAAAGACGUACUCAAGCACCUAGUCGAUGCAGGAACCCCCAACACGUCCGAGGCAGCGAUCUGGAGAAGCCUCCGCAACAAGGACCUACACAAGAAGACAACGGACUUCCUGUGGAAAUCACUCCACGGAACACACAGGAUCGGAGACUUCUGGGACAACAUACCGGGAUACGAGGACAGAGGAAGAUGUGCAAUAUGCAACGUACUGGAGACCAUGGAACACAUCCUAGUAAACUGUAAAGCGAAAGGCAGAGCCGAGGUAUGGACACUCACGAAAGCCCUCUGGAAAAGGAAGAAGCAACCGUGGAAACAACCCAAGAUGGAGGACAUCCUCGCAUCCGGAAUGGGCCUGUACCCGACCCGAGGCGGAUCUAAAAGAAGAGAACACCUAUCAAGACUAUGGCGUAUCAUAAUCCCAGAGGUAGCGUACCUAAUAUGGAAACUGAGAUGCGAACGAGUGAUCGCCCAUGCAGAGGACGACGAUUGGCAACACGCCAGCCGCGCAAUCACCUAG